ACCUGUUCUCAGCAAACAAAGUACGCAACGUGCCUGCAGCCCAUACAAAACCGUCUCAGCGCAGACAUACACUUUUGGCAAACAUAGCUUUGACAACUACCCUAGCAGUCCGGCAAGAUUGACGUGGUUGUGACGGUCAUCACUUUUUCGUCAUUCCAAGAAUAUCACGAAUUUGUCGUGAAAUUGUUUCCAAAAUAUUUCACCCCCGCACAUCUACGAUCAUCUGACGGUGCGAAACGGCAAUACUGCAUCCGUCUUGUGACUAGCGCGAUAUCGAGGAAAUAUCCUGUUCGCCGGAAAGCAAGAAAACAGCAAACGAAAGCAUCGCGCUAUGUAACAGCUCAUAGGUUCGCAAGUGGCUGUGAUACCGAAGGCAACUGGCUGUACAAUCUUUGUGUAAAUUGCUCUGGGUACGGGACACCCUACUCGAAACGUCACACAACAUAAUUGGAUUACAGUGUCGUGGAUAUCUAUCGCGAAACAGGGUGGGGAAGGCCAGCAAAUUGAACCAGCAACAUUACACCGCUGUUUUGCUGUUGGCGACUGCACGCUUAUUUAUGCCACCGUAUGCACUUUUGUACCGCAGGCAGAUUUGAUUUCUGGACGUGGAUUGGAAAAAGUACAGCGGCAGCAGCAUUGGCGUGGUCGGUGACUUCACACUAACGGCUACACAGUGUAUCACCGCUCAAGAUGAUGAACGAAGAAUCUUCGUCGCCGGCUAGCAGUAAUGUGGUAGCACAAUUCUUUAAGAGAAUAGGACAGCUUUAUCAACUUCAACUGGACAAAUGGACACCGCAUACGAAGGUGCGGUGGGCGGCCGCACUGGGUUUGAUAGGUUUAUUUCUCCUGCGGGUAUUCACCAAACAAGGCUGGUACAUUGUAACGUACGCGCUCGGCAUUUAUCAUCUAAAUCUGUUCAUCGCUUUCCUGACGCCGAAAAUCGAUCCGGCACUCGAUUUGGACGAUGACCAAGGUCCAGAGCUGCCAACGAAGGCAAAUGAAGAGUUCCGACCGUUUAUUCGGCGGUUACCGGAAUUUAAGUUUUGGUACGCCAUCAGCAAAAGUACGGUGAUUGGUAUCGUCUGUACCUUUUUCGACAUGUUCAACGUGCCGGUCUUUUGGCCAAUAUUGGUGCUUUACUUCAUCACACUUUUCUGCAUUACGAUGAAGCGGCAAAUCAAGCAUAUGAUCAAAUACCGAUACCUGCCGUUCACCCACAGUAAGCCACGCUAUCAGCCGGUAGCGACGGAAAAGUGACAAUUAAAAGCACAAACUCUACCAGCAUCAUCGUCCUCGUCCUCGUUGGCGUCGCUAGCCGCCGGUGGUGUACCGGUGGCAGCUGCCGGUUCGUCUGCUGCUGCACCUUCGGUUCUAGCGGGCGUUCACCCAUCAGCGGUGGGUGGAACCCCGUCUGCCUCGGUGACAACCGUUUAAGGGAAAUUGCAAUGUAGAAAAGGCACUCCGGGCGACCGUCGUCACAGAGUCUACCAUCCAUAAGCAAAAUUAUCUCUCCUGUCAUCACCAUCACACGGUGAUCGUCUGCAGAUCGCAACUAGGACUUCACAUUCAAAUCAGAAUGAUCCUAACCCCCCCCCCCCCCCCGCGCGUGUGUACAGCACAGAGUCAUUAUUUUUGUUUUGUUUUACUGCACACCUUUAUGCCUUGCCGUGCAUUGUACGCAUCGUCGUUCGAUGUGAUUUUAUUGCUAAUUUUAAACCUUUCCUUUUUGCCUCAUUGUGAAGAUGCGUCCCGUGCAUCGGUUAUGUUCUUUUCGCCAUUCCCACAUACGUCACAAGGUAUCGCUAGAGCAGCAGAACACAAACCUCGCUGGUAUUGAUUUGUGCUUACGUCGUAGCAAAAAUGUUGAGUUUAAUGGCAGUUUCGAUUGUAUCGUUUGGUUUUUAAACAGAGAGAAAAGAAGAAAGUAAUGCUUUUCCGUUUUGUUUUCGGCACAUAAAACUUUCCAUUUUUUUUGUCGAAUACACAAGUAACAACAUAACGUUUUGUAUGAUUUUUUUUUAACCAACAAAAGUCCACAGUUUUUCCCAACGGUGGUACCAAGCAUCGCGCUAAAGUUUCGUUUUUAAGCGAUGAAAAUAAGAGCUUUGUCGUGAAGGAAAAGCACCAACCAAAAAUGAAACAUCAUUUGAAAAAUGGCAAACAACAAAGCGUAUACGCGAAUAACGAACGCGCUAGUAUGUUAGUAAAAUUCAAUUUAUUUAGUAAUGGGUUAGAUAUGUUGCCUGUAAUUAUUGCGUGUAAUAUGAUACUAAGUUCAUUAUUCUUAUUAUAUCGUGUUUAAGUAGCAGUGAAGUAUUUUGUUUUUGCUUGUUUCCUUUGUUUUCUUAUUUUAAACACUUUCCUUUCCUAUUAUCCCGCAAAUCGAUGUCUGAUGAGGUUUUCUUUCUUUUUAUUUACAUUUUGCGAUCUUCCUUUGCUCGCUUAUUCUAUGGUAUUUCGUUCACCUUUCCCAGUAUAUAUAUACACAAGCAUACAUAACUUUCAUAACACAUUUGUUCCGAUAGUUUUAAGUUUGUAUCUACCCUGAUUUAGUUUCCCGAUCGAAUAAAUGUGAGCGCGACCUUAAAACAACCAUUAUAUCUCAUACGUAAUACAGUGAAACACAUCGUCAUAUAAAACCGUUUUAUUUUGUAACAGAUUUAGUUUAUUUCCUCUCUUUUUCUUUAGUAGCGAUCGCAAUUAGUUUGAUCUCAACAAAUGAUGAAGAUACUUGAGAGAAGCUGUAAUGAUGUUUGCAAAUAGUUUUGCCUGGGAAAAGAUAGUUACAUUUGAUACGAUAGGUACUCCUGUAUACAUGAGCAUUACAUUCUUAUCGUGAAAAGGGCGACUGUGCAGUGACUGAUUUCUGUCUUCUGAUAAAAUGUUGUCUUAGCUCAGAAGAUAACAGACCGCAUACAGUGCGUCGCGUUUGUGUUGGUGCGCACGUUUAUGAAGCUGGUAGCAAUUUAGUUUCAAUUUCUAAAUUUCUUACUUUUCCUGUUAGAAGCAGUUUUUUUUUGCUUUCGCUCCAUUUUUCUUUCAAACCGUAUUAAAGAUUACCGUGAGUCCGGUUGGGGUUGUAGAUUAGUCAUCAUGGUCACGCACGCGAUAAGGAGAGAUACGUGAGACGUGUUGCUUAUUACAAACGCCGUGGUAGAAAAUCGGAUAUGCUCCUACUCCCAUUCACCCAAUAAUACAUUCAUCUUCAUCCAAAGUGGACAGAUUUUGUAAGCAAUUUAGCCUCAUAGAAUGGACCAGGAGAGGGAAAACAGAAAUCCAGUUUCGUUGUUUGUUGUCCAUGCGAAACGGAACGAAUAAGGGUGCAUGCAAAAGAAAACUCAAACAUAAAAACACACCUAUAACCAACUAAUAAAAAAGCAAAAACAAAUGAA